AUUUAACCAAGGUGUUUAUAAAACUACAGUAAUAAAAAUGGUAAUCAAUCUGGCAAAAAAAAAAAAAUGCUUAUUACACCUUAUACGUGCAUGGUUAACUAUCGUAAGGAAUAAUAUGUCACUAUUAUUAAUUAUAGUAACAAUAACAAGGUGUAAUUCUAGGAACCAUCUUAUUAUAUGACCCAUCGUAUUAAUACGUGUCACAUUUAUAAAAAAUAGACCGUAACAGUAAGAUCAACUUUACAUUUAAAAAUGUUUGUUUGUAAAUAACGUACACAGAUAGUUACAUAGCGUCUUUACAAUAGCCCCUAAAUCAAACUUUUCAAUUACACGUCUUCUCUCCUCGCCCCCUCCACUCGGAAGAUUGACGCGAGAUCCGUCCAAUCAACGCGCUCCGUUUUCAAAUAGGCGGGCUCGUUUGUUGCAUCGUAACAAGCUAGGCUGCAACCACCCAGACUGAACUCCUCCAUACAAAUACACACGAGCGCUGCCUUGUUUUGGUCUCUGUUGCAGCUUCGCUAAAAAAGAAAACCCAGUGACUUUUGGAGGAACUUUAAGUCUGGAGCUUUAAACGGAUUCGGUACUAAAUAACGGCUGGAUGCAUACCUCGCGUGAUUUGUUUAAAUGCACUUUUGGGAUUUUUGCAAACAGCGCUUUGAUCUCCGGGGUAAAUGGGGUCGUGCGCUGCUGAAUGCGCUUGUUUUGAUAGUGCAUUCGGAUCUUCAGACGAUAAAAAGGACACUUAAAUUUUUUUUCAACAUUUGUAAACUUUUUGGUGUUUUACGGUACUUGGACCAGUUUUUGAAAAAUGACGGAUGGAUUAUUUAAACUUAUUUUUAAUAUUGUAAAAUGCUGCUGAAAACCUACGUGUACUAAAGGUGUCGAUGAACUCCGGCUGUGCUAACGGGCUAAUUCAACCCCACGUCGGAGGAAAAACAACUUGCUUAGGUGCAAACAAAAUGUAUUUUUAUGAACGGAAACGGAUUUACCUCAGUUAUCACAUUUUUUGAAUGCAUGCAUGACGCUUUGACUUUUAACCGCGUGAUUUUUGUGUUUUUGUUAAGAUGGCAAGCCCGACCACGGAGCAAGGAUGUUUUUCGGACGUGAAGAAGGUGGGUUAUUUAAGGAAACCCAAAAGCAUGCACAAAAGGUUUUUUGUCUUGAGGGCAACGAGCGCCUCCGGACCGUCCCGAUUGGAGUACUACGAAAACGAGAAGAAAUGGAGACACAAGUCUGGAGCCCCCAAAAGGUCAAUUGCGCUGGAAACUUGCUUUAAUAUUAACAAAAGAGCGGAUUCAAAAAAUAAACAUCUUGUGGCGCUUUACACUAAGGAUGAGUAUUUUGCCAUCGCGGCUGACAGUGAGACGGAGCAAGAGUCUUGGUAUCAAGCCCUGGUCGAGCUUCAUAACAGAGGUAAGGUCCACGAAAGUGCCCCAGGCAGUGGAGCUGGCGAGGAUAAUUACGGCGAAACCACGCCGGGACCUGCCUUUAAAGAAGUCUGGCAGGUUAUUUUGAAACCAAAGGGUCUGGGUCAAACAAAGAACUUGAUUGGGGUUUACAGAUUGUGCCUUACCAGUAAAACCAUAAUUUUUGUGAAGCUCAACUCGGAUGCUGCUGCCGUGGUGCUGCAGUUGAUGAACAUUAGGAGGUGUGGACAUUCUGAAAAUUUCUUCUUCAUUGAAGUCGGGAGGUCUGCCGUGACCGGGCCCGGGGAGUUUUGGAUGCAAGUUGAUGAUUCGGUGGUGGCUCAGAACAUGCAUGAAACCAUUUUAGAAGCUAUGAAAGCUAUGAGUGAGGAGUUCAGACCACGCAGCAAAAGUCAGUCAUCGUCCAACUGCUCGAACCCAAUCUCUGUGCCUGUCAGGAGGCAUCAUCACAAUAAUCCACCUCCCAGCCAAGUUGGCUUAGGCAGACGCUCUCGGGCAGAGAGUGUGACAGCCACUUCACCUGUUAGGACUGGUAAACACAGCCAUUCAUUCAGAGUGAGAGCAUCCAGCGAUGGUGAAGGCACCAUGUCUAGGCCGGCAUCCGUGGAUGGGAGUCCCAGCAGCCCGCUUACGACCCGACCUCAGUCGCAGCGGCACAGGGGUGGAUCCAGACUUCACCCGCCACUCAAUCACAGCAGAUCGAUCCCCACCCCCACUUCGCGGUGCUCCCCUUCAGCUUUCAGUCCCGUCAGCCUGUCUUCCAGCAGCACCAGUGGCCAUGGGUCCACCUCCGAAUGCCUCUUUCCACGUCGCUCUAGCGCCUCCAUAUCCGGAUCGCCCAGUGACGGGGGAUUUAUCUCUUCGGAUGAAUAUGGCUCGAGCCCAUGUGACUUUCGGAGCUCUUUCCGCAGUGUGACACCCGACUCGCUUGGCCACACACCACCAGCCAGGGAGGAGGAGAUAAAUAAUUAUAUUUGCAUGGCCAAGCCUGGUGGUGGAUUGCAAUCACGUAGCCAAUCCGCAAGUUUGCCAACACAAGUGGAGGAGCCCGAGUUAGAGAAAUGUUUCCGGAAACGAACGCAUUCUUCUGGUGCAUCGCCACCAACGCCAUGCCAUCAGAAAACGCCAUCGCAGUCUUCUGCCGCAUCGCUGGAUGAAUAUACUGUGAUGAUGCCAACGCAGCCACGAAGCCGCUCCGCAUCAUCGUCAUCAUCAACGUGUAGAAACUCAUUUAUUCCCACGCAUUCAUACCCAGAGGAAAGUUUAGAUAUGCCAAGGACAAAUGACAACGCUGGGACAGAUCACAAAGAUGAUGGCUACAUGCCCAUGCUGCCCGGUGUGGCACUCCCAAGCCCAACAGUAAAGAAUGGUGACUACAUGCCCAUGAGUCCAAAAAGUGUGUCAGCACCACAACAGAUUAUCAACCCAAGGCAACAUUCGCAUGUCGACUCCAAUGGUUACAUGAUGAUGUCACCGAGUGGCAGCUGCUCCCCAGAUGGCACUACAAACUAUGGAAAAAUGUGGACUAAUGGUGUCAACCCAAAGCUCUCCAUAGAAAGUAUAGAAGGAAAAGUGUCAUCCUGUGGAGACUACAUGAAUAUGUCACCAGCCAGCUGUUCUACCACUAGCACACCACCAGACUCCUUUUUCAACCCUGCAGAUGAUCCUCCCAGGCCUAUGUAUGCUUACUUCUCUUUGCCCCGCUCUUUUAAACAUGCCAACAGGAAACAGGACCAGAGCCCGCUUCGAAUAUCACUGGGCUCCAGUCGUUUGGCUUAUGGAGACUCGUCUUCAUCUUCAACCAGCAGCGACAGCCUGGGUGGUCAAGGCAACUCGCAACAGUCUGCUGUCAGACCCAAAAGGUCGGAGGGCAACGUUAGGCUGACACGUCCUACAAGGCUUUCUCUGGAUGCGAGUAAAGCAAGUACACUUCCACGAACACGUGAGAGUCCGUACCCCCCAGAGCCCAAAAGUCCUGGCGAGUAUGUCAACAUUGAGUUCAAUGACAAGGCAUUUUCAGCCAGCUUAGCGUCACUGUUUCCACCUGUGUAUACAGGAAGUGAUUCUGAUGCCCCAUCAGGCCUUUCAUCAUCUGAAUACAUGAACAUGCAGCUGGGUUCACAGGCCAGGCGGUUGAGUCCAGAAAUGCAUAUUUCCACCUCCAGUUCAGACUAUCCCAUCAUCACACCAUCAAACUCUGUGUCCUCCCCUCCUCUCCCUUGCGAGAGCACACGUGAACGAGACUACAUCAGCAUGCAAUUAAGAUCGACCCAUGAUAGAUAUCCUGAUACACGAAUGAUGCUAAUGCCAGAAUCUGGUACCCCUCCCUGUUCUGUAUCGCCCAAUCAUGACAUCUCAACAUUAAGCGUUGCCCCCGGAAAACCAACCCUAAUUGGGCCCGGGCUCAGUGCAUUCACACGGGUAAACUCCACUUCUGGGCGGAACCAGUGUGCUAAAGUUAUCCGGGCCGACCCGCAAGGAAGGAGGAGGCACAGCUCGGAGACUUUCGCCUCCACAACGACCAGAGGGUCAGUCGACACCUCGACCACCUGUCAGUCAGGUGAUGUAAAGCGCCACAGUUCCGCCUCUUUUGAAAAUGUAUGGUUAAGACCCGUCGAGGCCGCAGCUGCUGCUCCGUCUACGAUAACCAAUGGACGAAGGGAAACCGCUUCAGGCCCGCUUCCCACGUUAACUAAUCAUGACCAGAACGGCCUGAACUACAUUGAUCUGGAUCUAGUACAAAACGGAGAGCAGCACGUUCCAGAUUGGAAUGCGUUUCAGGCUCGGUCAGUUGAAUUGGGAGCUGUGGAAGGUAUAGAGGAGCUCAGUGCCUACGCCAGUAUAAACUUCCAGAAAGCGGAUGACACCAGAGGGAAUCUCACAAAUAGAGAAGAGCGGCUUGUUAAAGUAGAGAUAUGGUGAGAUGGAGGGGAAGUCAGGAGAGAAUGAAGAGUAGAAAGCCGGAGCAUCAGAAUCUCUCACCAUUCAUCACAAGCCGGACCUCAGAAACUGGACCUCAAGAAACUCACUAACCGAAUCUUCCUGGACCGUACAUACAUCAGCUGGACACUACCAAAACUACAUGGACCUCACAACAUAUCCGGACCUCACGAAUGCUGGAUUCCACUGACCUUAGGUCUCCCACAGCCUGGAUCCCUCAAAACCGAGCUUUCACUGUGCAUACUUCUUCAGACUUUACCAGAACUUGGUUAUGACUGUCCGAGCAAUAGCUGUUACGGACUUGGUACAAAUCGCUGUUAGAAAUGCUGCCUUUGAAAUGGUACUACAGCACCUUUCAGCUUUGAGGUACAGACGACGGUGCUGCUUUAGUUGUUCUGACACAAUGUUAAUGUAAAUGAUGGUACAUUAUUAGCCAAAAGCGUACAACAAAUGGUUUGGUACAGGGAUGCUCAACCGAGCGAUCGCAUGGGUACGACGGCAUAACUAUCAGCAGUGUUUAUUAUACCAGACUUACAGAUGGUGUUAUACAUCACGAUGUCACUGUCAAAAAACAUACAUUUAUACACCCAGUGCAGACGUACAGACGACCUCAAGCACGCAGACUUGACCUCAGGACUUAGAGUUUACACACACACUGUGUUUCAGCACUGUGAGCCAUGUCUGACCUCAUGCUGUCAAACACACACUGUGAUGUCUGUCAAACCUUUACGAAUUCAUGUUUCAUUUCAUAUGGUCGAAUCCCCUACGAUUAUAGUUGGUAUAUAUCACAUAAAGAAAAACAUGAAAUUGGUACUUAUUUGCUUUUGUUUUCUUUUGUUCUUUUUCUACAGGCACAGGUUUAGUUACCACAGAGUUGGUACUCAAUAAUACAGUUGAGAUUUUGCAUAUUUUUGUUUGGUAAAUGGCGCCAACAUCAGUAAAUAUGAUGCCUUACAGCCUUGCUUGGGCUAGAUUAGCGUAUUUAAGCAAUUACAUAUGGGUGUGUAAACUUGUGACUGAACUAACGUUACUGAUCAUUAUAUCGUCAUUAUGGGUCAAACCGAAUAAAAACCUGGUAACCGUCCAGUUUGUUACCGUUUAAGUCAAGAAAGCCUCAAUAGAGUGCAAGUCAAUACAGACAGCAGUACUGGUUUCUUAUUUUAGUAUCUUGCUGUUAUGUUUUGGAAGCCAGUAGAAGUUGCUCAACUUUUUUAGGCUAUUACAGUUAUUUCCUGUUUUAUUUUGCUUAAAAUAACUCGUGUUGUGGCAUUGCUAAGGUCACAGAAACUAAAUUUUUUUUUAAGGAAAAACUCGAUGUCUGUCAUUUUUUUGCUGCUGAAAUGAAAAACAAUGAACAAUCUGUAAAUUAUUGAAUAUAGAAAUGUUGUUCUUGGUUCUCUUAAGAGUUAAAGUAUUUAACAUUUCAUGGUUUGUGUUUUAUUCCUAUAGACAUGUCUUUUAAAAAUGUGUCUUAAUAUUCUUACGUUUUGUUUAGUGUUUUUUUUUUUGUGGGGAAUAUUUGCUUUUUGGAAAUGUGUAAUCCAACUUUUUGACACAAUGGUACAGUUCAAUAGGGUUACCUUAAUUUUUUAAAGAUGUAUUAUAACGUAUUCUGCACAUCAGGGACUUUAAAUUUCCCUUUCCCACCAAAAUUAUAGUUUUUAUACUUGCAGUUCCCUUGACUCUGAUUGGCUGUGACAGUGGUGUUCUUGUAAACUGAUAGACUACUGUUAUUUGAUAGAUUGCAGUUGUUAGUUUAACACCCUGCGGUUGUGUUUGUGCGACCUCACUUUCGCAACCAUUGUGUGGCCAGACCUUCAACAUCUCAACUAAAUUUGUUCUCCCAUGUAUAUAAUGCAUUGUAUAAAGAGAUAAUGAUGGCUAUUUGGUUUUAUGACUGCUGAAAGCAAGCAGAUGAUCGGUCAUCUUGAGUGAAUUGAAACACGUAAACGGUACGAGUGUAUGUAUAGGUGUAUGCACAUGUAAACAGAUGUUUGUUUUACGAAAGAAAUUUCCAGCGGUAAAAUUACCCGUUUUGAAGAUUGAGAUCUUCUGGAACCUUGAUGUUUAAUAAAGUAGAAGCGCUUAUCUUUUCAGA